GACCUUCUCUCCUCCAGACUGCAUGCAGUUUGGUAUUAAAAUGUUGUCACUACCACCAACCAUCGUGCUACACAUUUGAGAUGACAGAUGCAUGUUGAGCUAUUUUUGUUUGCCAAAUAAAUACCAUAAUUACCUGGACUAACCUGGACUAACGGCACUGACGGUUCACGACUUUAAAGUUAUUAUCUUUUUAGGUUGUGUCCAAAAAAGUGCAGAGCUCGGGGCAAAAGACGCUAGCUUUCACACCGUUAGUCAGGUCGGACGGCGGCGAGGCCCCAACCGGGACGGGAACACGGGGGAACCAUGGCCAACAUCGCGGUUCAGAGGAUAAAACGGGAAUUCAAAGAGGUCCUCAAAAGUGAAGAGACGAGCAAAAACCAGAUAAAAAUGGAUCUGGUUGAUGAGAAUUUCACAGAACUUAAAGGAGAGAUAGCAGGGCCACCUGACACACCAUAUGAAGGGGGUAGAUAUCAACUAGAAAUUAAAAUUCCAGAGACGUAUCCAUUCAAUCCACCCAAGGUGCGGUUUAUCACAAAGAUCUGGCAUCCCAACAUCAGCUCAGUUACAGGUGCAAUAUGUCUGGACAUUCUCAAAGACCAGUGGGCGGCAGCUAUGACUCUGAGGACAGUCCUCUUGUCACUACAGGCCUUAUUGGCAGCUGCAGAACCAGAUGACCCACAGGACGCAGUAGUAGCCAAUCAGUAUAAGCAGAAUCCAGAGAUGUUCAAACAGACAGCGAGGCUCUGGUCUCACGUCUAUGCAGGAGCUCCUGUUUCCAGUCUGGAGUACACAUGCAAAAUAGACAAACUCUGUGCCAUGGGCUUUGAAAAAAAUGCAGUAAUAGUGGCAUUGUCAUCGAAAUCCUGGGAUGUGGAGACGGCGACAGAGCUACUGCUCAGUAACUGAAUCAUGACACCCACCUUCAUCCUCCCCUUGAUCCUCAUCUCCUCACCUCUCUCUCACACACACACACACAUACACCAUCUCUCCUCCAAAAUACCAGCUGUCUGAAGGCAUCUCUCCCUCUGUUGCACCCUCUGUUUCACAGUGGACUCCUCUUUCCACUCUUUUCCCACCCCCUUUCUCUUCCAUCCGUGUGGCAUCCCUCCUCCCUCCUCUCAUCAUAACUGCUGUAAAACACACACUCCACAUAGUCGUGCUGUGAGCUCUUAUGUCUGGUUUCUUAAAGUUCAUGCAACAUUCCACCCAGUACUGCAAUCAAAAGUCCGACCCCAUCCGCCCCCCUUGAAGCAAAUGCCAGACUUAAGACCCUCAACCCACUGCCCGUCAGUCUCCCAGCUUUUCUGGCUGUGUCCAAGAAGCGGCUGUCAGCAGCUUAUCUUUGCCUAUGCACUGUACUUUAAUUUGUGAAAACCUUUGUAGGAAAAGAGUCAAGCCAUUCAGGGAGGCUCUUUUGGACCGAUUUUUACGCACUUUGUGUUUUUGUUUUCUCAACGGGGGAUAAGCAGAGUCCUGGACUUUUCACUUGCUACCUGUACUGGAAAUUUCUUGCACUGUGUCCAACAUCACCAAUCAGUCUCGCUCACUCUUACAAACACUUGGCGUUUAAUUAUUAACACUCGGUGUUUAGGGGUAAGGUGACAUUUUUGGACAGUUUUCAGAAUCUUUAUACUGCAUUAUCUGUAGCGUGUAUUAUUAUAUAUUUUUUUUUUUAGGGUACUGUAAACUAAUAUAUGGACAUUCAUAUAAGACUGUUGUUAAGUAAAUGCAGCACACCAGGUAGCAAAUGUGAUAUUCUUCUUGUUCCCUGUUCUGUAAAGCAGCUCAUGAAGUGUACCUGAGGUGUAGACAUACUCAUUCUCUAGCCAAAACCUUUUUUUUUUUUUUUUUUUUCCCCUCCACUUCAGUUGUCUGAUGAACCCAAAGCUCCCACAGCAGAACCCAGUUCCUACCCCCCACGCCUGCUCUGCUCAUGACUUACUCCACCGGUCCCUUUCACCACCGUUUUUAAAACGAAAUAAUUUGAUCUUGGCUUCCUACAGGAAUAGAUUUGGAUUCCUGUUUUUAAAUCGAGAGAAAACGAAACAAACAGAAAACUCAAAACAUGCUCCGCAGUAAUACAACCCGUCACAAGUCUGGACAGAAACAGCCAAACAAGUUUGAAAAAAUAUUGCAUCCCCUUAACUACGACAACAGAUAAUUAUGUCAAAAUGAUUCAUCUGUAAAUAAAGAUAUUAAAGUCUGUGUAAAUUAAA